AAAAAUCUAUUAAAUGCUAUUUGAAAUUAUUCGUCUGUUUGUAUUUUGCGCUCAAUAUUUUCCUUCGGCUUAUAGCAAUUUAAUUUACUUGGCAAGUAGCAGAUGUUAAAUGGAAGUUUGUGAUUUUAAGCAGAAGAUAGGUCUUCAUCUAGAAAUUUUAGAAAUCGGCUCAGCACAUGACUAUGCAAAGGUAUUUGCGGACACGAGAUUUCAAUCAUUCGGAGACACGUACUUAGGCUAUAAAAUCGAGAUUCAAUGCAAGUAAUUCGCACGUAACGAAAGCUGAGUAAGCAUUCCUUUAUGACGAACAAUGAUAAAUGUCUUUUGACGUUCAUUUAAAUAGAUGCAGCCACAGAUUAACCUCAUUUAAAUAAGGUCUUUGUGUCAGGGAUGUAAAAGGCUAUGAGGCCGUAAGGUUAAAGGGAAAAUAGGAUUAAAAUUGCAAAGGAAGAGAAGUACAAUGAUCGGCAUCCGGCGUUGGGCAAUUCUUGCCGCAUUUUUGUGGUUAGCUAUCGCGAGCGAAGCCCGGAAGAAACUGAAGCGAGACGAGUUGGAAAGCUUGAAGUCAAUUGAGACGGAUAUUGAUGAGGAAUUUGAUGAGUUAGAGUCAUGCCAAUGUGGCGUGUUCAUGUCGCAGCAAAUUGGUAUAAGGGAAGGUCGUCGUAGACCCCGAGGUCCACCUGAGGGGAAACCUGUGGUCACGUACGACACGGAGAGCCCCAGCUUGCCGUGCGGCACCGGGGGCUUUAAACACUGCAUUAGCAAGUGUCUGGAUGUGAUACUCAAGUAUUUGCCCCGCGCGGGACCAGUCAUCUGUGGUGCAGUGGAGCGUGACAUCUACAGGGAAAAAGCCUUCCUUUUCAUCAGGAACUGCGGCGGACAAUGGACCCCGACUAACUUCUCCGCUGGGAAAGAGUUUUGUUGUACGGACGGACAACAUCACAAGUGCUGAUAUAUAAUUAUAAAGUCAUUCAAACUAGCUAAAGCAUUGGUUAUACAACAAAAAAAUACGUUCAGUACGAUUGAAUUCAUCAAAUGAUGGUUAUAAUUUAAAUUAUAUAGAUUAAUCUAUAGUUAUAAGUUAUAAUAUGUCAAAAUGUAUACAUGUUUAGUCUGUAUUUUCUAAUUACACACACGUGUUUAGUCUGUUAAUGAUUUAUGUAUGGAAAGUGUUUGUCUUAAGCAUCACAUUAGGUGUAAGUAUCAUAUGACAAUGCAUAUCAUAUUUCUCAUGUCAUAGUGUAGGAUAUAAUUUAAUAUUACUUUAAUAACAUAUGUAUUACUGUACAUGUGUGCAUAAAUGAAUUAGAUUACAAUCUAUACAAAUAAAUAGGAAUUAUAAA